GCCGUGCUACGUUGAGCUCUCAAGAACAAGAUGAGUCAACGGAGAAAAGCUGUUCAUCAAAUUUCACAUUUAUGAUGGAAAAUAAACUAAUGUGGUCACCGCGACCACGUUUUCAACCAUGAAACAUGGUUUCGUUAUCAGGCAACAAAGAAAACGUGCCUGUUCAAGCCGUUGGGAGGCUGUUAGCUCUCCAUUUGGGAAUGUGAAUUGGAAAGCUUAUGUCUGCGCCGGCGACCGUUGGAUUGGUAAAAUGAGAAUUACACAGAUAAUAAGGACAUAACUAACUUUCCUGGGUCAUACCUACGACUGGAGAGGCAAGACACCGGCUUCUGAAUGCCUCUUAAGCUAAAAAUGGCUACAGUGGACUGUUUCAGUGGUCCGGAGGAGCUCGAAGAUUCAAAUCAUGCAGCGAGUUUGAUGAAAGAGCUUAAAUUUUUCUACGACUCUCGCCUUCUGGUGGAUGUCACUAUUGAAGUGGAGCCAGAGCAGGACAACUCGGCUAACAGCGUGUCCUCAGACUGUGCCUCCAGAGCUGAAACAGGGAAAGUUUUCCAGUGCAACCGUAACGUACUGGCCGCGGCCAGUCCCUAUUUCAAGAGCAUGUUUACAGGGGGUCUGUACGAGAGCACUCAGAGCAAGAUAACCAUCCACGAUGUGGACGCGGACUCGAUGUCUGUUAUAAUCGACUACUGUUACACUGGGAAAGUGACAAUCACAGAAGGCAACGUGCAAAGGCUUUACGCAGCUGCUAACAUGCUGCAGUUGGAAUACAUCAGGCAUGCCUGUACUGAUUUUAUGACCAGAAGGCUGGACCUCUCUAACUGUACAGGGGUUUUGAAAUUUGCUGACACGUUCGACAAUCUGGAUCUGAAAAGCAAAGCUCAAGCAUUUAUAGCAAAGAACUUCGACCUGCUCAGUGCCAGUGGGAAGGAGCUGUGUGAGCUGGACAUGAAACAAAUGAAAGAAAUCCUCACUCUGGAUUCCCUGGAUGUGGACUGUGAGCGGAAAGUGUGCUCGCUUGCAAUACACUGGAUCGAAAAUAAUUUGCCUCCAGAAUCGGAGGAUGCAUUGCACAUCCUUAAAUGUGUUCGGUGGUCACUAUUCACAGAAAAAGACAGGGUUUAUUUAGAUAGCCUUAAGUCAAAGCCUUUUAUAAAGAAACACCUUUCUGGUUUCGUAGAUUUGGCUGGUGGUGGAGAAAGCAGUGUAAUUUCAAAAGGCAUGAACCUUACGAAACAGAGAAUAGGCAAAAGUGCUAAGGAAAUGGUCCUGUUCUUUGGGCGACCGAAUGAACCUUUCAUGUGCUAUGAUCCUUAUACAGAAGAGAUCUACUCUAUGGGAUCACCUGUCAUUAAUCUGAGCAAUCAGAACUUUAAACGGUCUCCCAUGGAGACAUUUUUAGUCUGUGCCACACCAGAGAACAACCUGUAUCUGGCCUCACACCUGUCAAAGCACUUCUGGGUGUAUAAUCCAUUGUUGAAUUGCUGGCAGGAGUUGGCUGAGAGGCUGCUAGGAAGGAUGCACUCGUACAUCGGCUACCUCAGUGGGCACUUGUAUGUUCUCGGUGGAAGAGACCCUGUAUCUGAUGCCAGGCUCAAGGAGGUUGAGUGCUACAGCAUUCAGAGAAACCAGUGGAUGUUUGUCGCCCCCCUGCCGCAUUCCUUAGGUAAGAUGCAAGUUGUGACAGUAAAUGAGCGACUUUAUGUAGUGAACAAGAGAAGAAUGCUCUGCUAUGAGCCCAAGAGAAACCACUGGCUCCAGCGUGGCUCCUUAAAACGAAACAAGCUGCACAAAGCCUGCGUCUUUCAGGAGCAGAUCAUCUGCCUCUGUGACAUCCCUGUGGUGAAAGCGUAUAACCCAGCCCGAGGGGAAUGGAGGCGCAUUGGGGACAUACCCAUCGACAGCAGUGCUCUGAACUACCAGGUGGUGCAACACAACAGCAAACUGCUUCUGCUCACUCUUGCCAUUGUGCAUCACAACAAAAACAGGCUUGUCAUACACGAGUAUGACUCCACAAGGGAUACAUGGAAAAACGUGGUUACCAUGUUUGGAUCUUCUUUUGGUUCGAUAAGCCUCUCUGCCCGUGUGUACACAGCAUGCCUUAGUUCAGGACAGAACUUCAUCACUGAGGAGGAUGAUGACAGUGGCUCCAGUGCAGACUGGGACUUUGAUGGUUUGACUGAUGCAGACUCAGAUUCUGGCAGCUCAAGCUCUUUUUCUGAUGAGAACUGGUAGCAAACACUGUGUAUCAAGUCAUCAUAGUGUCAUACACAGGGCUGUUUGUAGGAGAUAAACUAGGUAUCAAAUGUGGAUAUUAAAGCAAAUGCCACCGAUUUUAAAAAUUUUCUGCAUAAUUCAAUUAUUUAGAUGUAAACAGAGCCAUUCAGAGUAGUUUGAUGUGAGAUGGUGCGUUGUAGAGAAACUCAGAUUUUAUUUUUAUAAUUUGCUUUAUGAUAUUUUGAGUUACGACUUUGGCCUAAAAACUCACAGUACCUACAGCACAAGCAUAGCCAUUUCAUUUAGUAUCCAAAACUAUAUGAAUUUACACGUGUCCUCUGGGUUUUUGUAGGUAAUGUUGAUAAUGGUGGAAAAAAAAAAAUCUUUGGGUACUAUUUUGCCAUAGAACACUCUAUGUGUACCAUAAAUGGAUUUAUUUGUUUUAGGCCAAAACGUUAUCAUAAAACUACCCUAAAACAAUAUUUCAAGCAUUAGAUAAUGAAUUUCUAACAAUUCUGUGUGAUAGCUUUCUGUGAAGAAGCUUUUAGAUGCGUUUCGGACAUCUUGUUCCUGUCACUGUCACUUGUGAGCAAUUCUGACUCACUAAGUUUCUCUGGAAAGGAGCAUUUUACUUUGAACCAAUUUGACUUUGUUUACAUCUUAACAAUUUAAUCAUCAGAAAAUGUGAAACAGCAGUGGACUUUCCUUUUAAGGUUUAAGCAUUACUUAACAGCAUUGGUAUUAUUUGCCCAACCAUAAGUGACUUUUCCAGUUGUAUACAAGUGCAGAGGAUCUGUUUUACUUGAAUUUACAUGGUAUUAGUAGUAUAGAAUCAGAUGCUACUGUGAUAAACACCAGAGGCUGAAAAAUAAUUUUCUCAGGAUUAUAAUGCCAAUUUGGUAAACCGCUGUUACAGUGUGAACAGUGUUAUUGUGUACGUUUUGAGAGAUGCAGCUAAAUAGCAGUAUUAAUACACUUUUGGGGUCUAAAAAUGUCUUGUAUGUUUUAGUUUUUAUUCAUUCUCAUGCAUUUGUCUCCAUGCAUUCACACAAGUAUUUUUACAUGAGAAUGUAGAAAUGAGAUCUGAUUUAUGUCUUUUAUUUCUCCUAUUUAUAUGUUUGCUCCUAAUUAAUUAAAGUUUUUUGUCUGCACAA